AUAAAAUGUCAGUAAACUUAUGUUAAUGUAAAUUUCCAAAAUGUUAACUUUUUAUUAUGUUUACUAAUGCAUAAUUAAAUAUAUAUACACUUAAAAUUAUUAACGUAAAAGAAAAUUGUUGCAAUUUUUAAGUACGGGGAUAGUAGCUUUUCGAAAGAAUUGCCGUUUUAGCUAAAGCGGUCUCUCCCUAACAGGUCUAGGGUUUGGUUUUUCCUUAGUAGAUCUAAGGUUUGGUUCUUCCGGCCGGUGAAUCCCCUUCGCCUGUGUCCGGCGCUGAGAUUGGAUUUGAGGCAGAUUGACAAGAAUCCUUGCCAAGUUUGACAUCGAAGCCAGAUUCGACGAUCGAUUUCUUUGUGAGCAGGGUAGCAAGGGUAUGGCAGCGAUGAAGAUGACUGCUGGCGGUGGAUUUGCUACGAGCGCGGGACGAGGAGAGUUGUACGGAUUUCGAGCAAACCAGGUGACGAUUGACAAUGGAGGAUCAAUUAGAGUGGUACCAAGGAUACGGCCUCCUCCUGAACCACCGCCAUGGGUUGUGCGAGAUGCUAGAGUCUGUGAAAAUUUUCCAACAAGUUUUCAUUAUUUUGUCAUUUGGUUUGUUGUUAUCGUCUAUGUUGUUAGGUUUGUCAGUUUGUUUGAGAACUUAGCCUUGUUUUAUAUCAUUAAGCAUGUUUGGAUCUAUUGAAAUAUGGAUGAUUAUGUCAAGCCCGUUACAUGGUUAGCGAUUCGUGUUGCUCUUUCAAGGGUGACCGUUUCUAAGGCUCAUCAUAAGAUUUACAGUCGUAGUUGUUAGAGUCUAGUUGAUGUCAGAUUUGUUUUUCCUUUGAUUGAUGUAAUGAUCCCGAAACUUAUGAA